AGAUAAAGGACAGUGGCACGCGAUAUCGCGUUAGCAUUCCAAAUUGACGGCAAACAGUCCCAAAAAUACUGGCGGGAAACCUCAUUUCUUAGUGUGGAAAAAAAUCGAAAAUAUACGCUUGAUGCCAAAAUUGUAAGGUCUAGUGGGUUCUUCAUGGCAUAGUGAUGCUUGAAAAAUCUGUCCCCGAAGAAAAAUUACCCGUAUUGAAACGGUUUCGACGUGUUUACCGGCAUAUUCGCCGAGUCCAUUCAAGGAGUUUGACGUAGGAGGUAAGCGGUGUUUGUGUUGAUCGAAAUGAAUUUCGUCGGUGUUCGUUUCGUUAUAUAUGAACCUGUAACUUUAAAAGAGUAUACUCCGUAUUCUUGAAGGUCGAUCGACCGUUUACGAAGUGAGACGACGGCUAAAUUCGUCCCAAGUUGGUUGUUAUUGGCAUUCCACAGAGGAAGUCUUGACGAUGCGGUUCGCGGCACGUCGAAGGAAACCCAGCGUUCUUAGCGCUUUGAUCAGAAGAGAGACGAAUGUCCAGUAUGCAAGUGAUCGGGAUUUACUACUUUCUUACGCCGAGGAGUCCUCUGUUUUAUCCUGCCAUCGAACGAAGGUAUGUUUCUUUAUGAGAUUUUUCACCGGUAUGGUGUUACUAUUAAUUUUGUUUUCAGGUCGUUUUCAAUUUGAUUGAAGAUUGUGUGACUUCUCGGGACUAAAAUUAACCACAAAUUCGAAAUAAAUCGUAGUACUAUUUUAUUUUCAAAUGUCACUUUUUUCCUAACUUUUUGACCUCCGUUAGAUUUUGCUCUUGUGUCAUUUCCUGUUCCAUUUUGAUAGUUUCUUCGUUGUGGUGACGACAGGGCAAACCCCUCAAAAUUGCGCAAAUAGUACUGGCUCUAUACUUUUGACACUUUAAUUUUUUUCAUAUCCAUUCUAUUAAUAGCAUCCGGUUUCCCGGUGAUAAUGUCCCCCCUUUUUUGAAUAUGUCUAGUUUUUAUUUUAAUUAAUGAUCUCGAGUCCGAGAGAUUGAUUAUAUUAUUAUUUCGCCAGACAAAACCCCGCUUGUUAAUGUCAAGUUGAUGCACGUACUGAGCUAUCCCCAAGUUCAAAGGUUCAAUGUCGCACCAUUGUUUACGUUAACGUGGAUCUUUUAUUUUUAAUUUGCCUCCCACACGCUGCUAUUCGGCAUUUGUCGCGAUGUGAAGGAGUAAGAUCGGAGCCAAAAUCGAGUAGAAAAACUUAUUUGGAACACAGUGUAAGGGCUUUGUUAAGUAGCUGUUUUUUUAAGUGGCGAUAGAUUAUUGUACGUGAAGGCUGUUAUUGUGACCUUGAAAGCCCUUAAGAAAACAGUAUUGUCGGAUCGCCUGGACCUUUCAAGAGCUGCGACUUAUAUGCGCCAAAUACAGACCCAUCAUAGUUAACAAAUUCAUCAGUUCUCAAGUAUUUUAAGGCACAAUGAUGCGCAAAUACAUCUCUUUAAUUACCUGACCUUGACUCACUGAAUUUAAAUCAGACCACAUCCUGUUGAUACUUUGUUUUUGCUGGUGAUCAAGAAAUGAAUGAAGAGCGGCCGCCUCUUUAUAUAAGCCAUUCACCUCGAUAACGUGCAUUGCAAGAUAUUUUCCUGUUUUAACAACUUCUAAAGAAUUGUUAUUGAGAAGAAGGGUAAAAUUCUCAUGCGUUAUUUAUACACUGUAUAUAUUCAAACAUGCUAAACAGAGUUUGAAAUGAUUAUUUUGAAUAUUUUGUAACAUUUUUCUGGGUAGAAAAUUCAAGCUGAACAACUUGCAACUUAAACUAAUAUAUAGAAGUUUUUUAAAACUGAAUUGACAUUGAGUUAUUGAGUUGAGAUCCCCAAAAGAUAAUUCAUUUACAAGUUUUGAGACAGAAUGCUUUAGGCACUAUUAAUUCUCUGGUAUUGUUGAUGACUUCUAAUAGACUGUGUCCUUGACAUUGACACAGGCCUAGGCCUAGACCUUGACCUUCGCAUAAGGACAUGUACCUUAUCUUUUUUGCUAGUUACAUUAUGUUGAUAUGUACCCAUACAGCUGUACAUCAACAUUUUUCCUUGUUUCAUGUAAAUUGAGUUGAGUUGUUGAUGUUGUUUUAAGAAAAAAGUCAGGGGUAAUUAUUUUUGGCAGUGUGACUAAUAAGAUACAGUACAGGAUCAAAACCAUGAAAAAUCCACUUGAGCUUAGCUGGAUUAUUUGAACUUAAGUGUUGGUAAUUAAUGAGACAGCACAAAAAAGUUCUUAAACCACAUUAAGUUGUUCACUGCAUUUUCAGGCAUUCCAGCCCUAUGCCUCAUUGAAUUUUUAGAAAUUUGUUAGAUGUGACGAACAUUUCAGUCUGGUUUGAGAUGUCGGUAUGCUUGAUUUUUUGUCCUGUUCAAAGGCUGAAACAGGAAGAAAAGAAUCAUACAUGUAUGAUCACAUCCUUUCUGUAUUAUUAUAAAAAUAGCCUAAGCUAAAACAUGACCUUGGUCAUGUGUGCCAAUAUUGUUUUCAUUGUGAAAAGAAGAUGGCACAGUCUAAGAAACCGGGUUUCCUUAUAAUUAGUAGUGCCUCAUCAUAAUUGUAAGAUGCUGUCAUUCUGAAAGAUUGAAAAUUUAUAGGCAACCAAAGCUGAGUACACCCACUUUAGAUAGCUGUGUAGUCUUUGGUGUCAUAAUUUUUAUUGAACAACACUUUCCUGCAAAUUCUCCCUUGCAAAUUUAAAUAUCAGACUUAGACUAAAAUUCGCCAUUUACAGUUGAACCUCUAUAUACCGUAAGCGGCCACCCUUGAGGUACCAGCAAAUCGUCACUCAGUGUAGGUUUGCUGUUCAACAGAGGUUCGUCAUGAAGUACCAUAAUCUUUAGCAGAAACGUCACUUUAUUUUGAAACAAACACGCAAUGGAAGCAGCGUCACUGGUCCACAAUCAGCUUCCAAGUUCUAUUUCAGACUGUACAGUAUUUCUGGAUCAAUUUAGGUUUCUGGGAAACUGCCCACCUACCCCUCCCCUGAGCCAUCAUUUUGCCUUGAGCGACAAGUAAGUAUUAAUGUUAGCUUAGGGGAGUGGUAGGUGGGCAUUUCAAGAAACCUAACCUUCAUCAUACACUGUAUUUUUAAUAUCAAAUCAAAAUGAGAGUAUCAAAGGCUUGAUGUCUGCUUACUUGAAGUGACUGAGAAUAGGGAAUGGGAUGGUCACUUGAUACUGGUUGCGGCAAAAUGGAGGUUUCAUUGUUCUUUUCUAUGCUAUUGUGUCAAGUUGACGCACUUACUGAGCUAUCCCCAAGUUCAAAGGUUCAAUGUCACACCAUUAUUUACGUUUAACAUGGAUCUUUUAUUUUAAUUUGCUUCCGACACGCUGCUACUCAACAUUUGUCAUGGUAUGAAGGGAUAAGAUUGGAGCCAAAAUCGAGCAGAACACAGUUUUAAAAAAAAGCAAUUUUGGAAUGCAGAACUUUUUUAAAAAACAACAAUGAUCACUGAAAAAAACAGCUGUUGGGCUGUUAUGCCCUAGCUAAUUACAUGAAACAUUUUUUCAAAGCAUAGCAUAAGUAGCAACCUUUUUAUCUUUGCAGAUUUUAGUGAAAACUAUUUUUGUAAUCAUUAUGACAAAGUUAAAUAAAGAAAUAAUAGUUUUUAAAAGUAAAGGUUGCACUUUUUCUGAUUUUGUUGUGGACGACUUGGUUAUAAUUAAUUUGAAGUGAUUGAAAAGGUUAAAUUAACAGAAGUGGCACCUUUUUGCAUUUUCACAUUUAUUUUUGGGGAACCAGCUAUAUACAAAAUGAUGAUGAUGAUGAUGUAAGAAUAAUUUAAAAAUAACUAUUAUCUUUUUUAUCCUCUAGUACUAGUGCUACUUAUUAUGGACAAAUUUUACCUUUAAGUAAUUUCUAUGCAAUUUUUACUGUGGUGUUAUUUUACUUCUACUGAUGGAAUUCAUUUUAUUCUUCGUCUUCAAUUUAAACUUAGUGAUCAUAGUCAGGUUCUAAUAACAAGAGCCAUAAUUUACACAAGAAAACAAAAACCUGUAGGAUUGUGGUACAGAAAGUUAUGCUUUCAUGCGUUUUAUUAAUGUCCUACAUAUGUCUUGUUGCACGUGAUCACUCCCAUACUGUGUAUAGUGCAUUUGUACAUUAUAUCAAAUUUGUCGAGGUUUACAGAUAAUAUUGCUUUGUUUUGAUUUUUUUACAGUGAAAAAAAUGUUCGAUGUGCAAUACUACGAAUACCAAGCAUCAUUAUGCACUAAUUCCAUUGAAUUCUCUUGUUUACCUCAUCCUAUUUGGCACUAUUUGUUUGUUAUUACCUGUUUUACGGUUCACGUAAAAUCACUCUAAAAAUCUAUAUUAUUUAACAGAACAUUUCAAAAACAAUGAAGUUAUCAUUAUGUGAUGUCAGGAAGGAAACACUUUCUCUAGUUGGCAUUCAUGAUUUAAAAUUUUCACAUUUUUUGUCACUCAUUCUUUGGAGGAAAAUAUGUAUGCACAUGUACAGCAUAGUCUUUGUCUUGAAGAGAAAAAAUUGAACAAAUCCAAGGGAAAAUAGUAAUAUUAUUAUUAGCAAAAGUGUAUAUAUAGGUGAGUCAAGAAAGAAACAGCCAAACUUUCAUAUGCUGUGCGUUCUAGGCACCCCUUUCUAAUUUUUUUGGUUAGUAUGCCUGACAAGCCUACUUAGAAUGUAGGGAGUUCUUUGUUAGUUAAACUUUUAAGUGGAUUAAGAUAUAAAAUCCAAGUAAUUGCCCAUCGGCCCAAAGGCCAAUGGGCCCGAUAGUAGCCCCCAAGCGACAGACGAUCAUCAGUUGCUGGAAUGUGAGGACCAUGGCGAGAAAGAGUGAAACAAAGCUGGGUGGAAGAGCUGGGAAGUAGCCAAAGCAGUUGCACAAGACAGAAAGAUGUUGGUCAGACAGCGUGGAGGCCUUAUGCGCCUACUGGCGCGAUGAGACUUGAUGAUGAAUUGAGUCAUAAAGUAUAAAUUGCCAGGGAAUAAAAUAAGAGAUUACAGCAAGAAUUUUUUGUAAAAAAUUUCUCUGGUAACUUGGAAAUUACAAAACAACAUGAGGUUAAAAAAUUUUGAACGAUGUUUUUGUUUUACUGUUAUAAAGAGCUGAUGUUAACAGUGUUUAGACGGCAGGAUAGUUCUAUUUUUAAAUAUCACAAAGGAUUUUUGGAAUUCCAGUGUAUUAUUCUUUUAAUUUAUUCAGCUCCUGCUUUAAAAAGAAACAUGUCAUUGAUCAUUCUCCUUCGUGACCAUCUUAACCUCCACUGAUAGGUGGUCAAGUUAUUUUUAGCAUGUAACAAAGACUUCGAAAGAAAAAAGUUUCUAAUAAUAACACAGAAACAAAUUUAUUUGGCAGUGCCAAUUAGUUGUUUGUUACUUCAAAAUGUGAGGCAUACAUGCCUUGCUGAGGAACUGCCAUACAGUGUAUGUUGUGCUAAUGUAAUUUCUGUUUAGUUCUGUAACUUGUAAGAGUUGUGCUGGCAGUAUGUUGAAAUCUUGGGCCUCAGAGAGAAUUAGUUGCUGAAGGAUAGUUAUUAACCGCACUAAUGUUCAGGCAGUGUGUUGAAAUAUAAUUGGGUCUCAGAGAAGAUGGUUAAAAAAUGGGAGAAAGAGAAAUGCCUACAGUGUAUAUUGAAAAAGAAUUGCAGUGUAAUCAUCAAGUGUUUGUUCUUUCACAUCUACAGUGUACUUACAAGUAUAUAAAGCUGAAAUAAAUUGGCCUAAACAUGAACACUGUAAUAAGACAAUUCCACGUUACAUGUAACUCUUAUGACUCUCCCCGCAGAGUUCAUAUUAUGGAGAUGUAAAAACAGCUCUAACUUUUGACUCCAUGGACCUACAUACAAUCAUGUAUAAACCCCAUGGUGUGACAAUACAACUGAAAUAUUUUCAGUUGCUGCUUUGCUUUUUACAUUUUUCUUUUUGUCUUUUCUAUUUUUAUAACCGUAUGUGGACUUUUCUAGAAGUUCAAAUUUGACAUUCCCAGGAGUGACCAAACUUUAAGCACUUUUUGUGACUUAAAUCUUGUUAAUAUUAUUAAAUAAUUCGUUAAAAAAAUGAAUCAAUAAUUAUUACAUCCUUGAAUAAAAUUAAUAAACUGAAUCAAAAUGUCAAAAACACCCUUUGAUGGUGCACCCUAAAAUUUGCUUUUUCUAUUAGGCCAUUUUUUGUCAGGAUUAGUCCUUGUGAGUCUUGAAUCUAAAAAUGAAAUGUUGAUUUCAUUAUUAAAAAUAUAAUGCUAAUUAUCAGCUGAUGUGCAGCCAAUGAGUUAAAAGUUGACUGUCGAGCUGACAUUACAUGUUUUGGCUGAAGAGACAAGGAAUUAUGUAUGUUUUGUUAGUUUUGGCUUCUACUCACAUGCAAUGGGACAAAAUUAUUGUUAGAUGUUUGCUCUUAUAACUGGCUGCAGUCUUGGAAAGUUAUAAUAAACUUAUUGUAACUCAGACAAUUUUUGUUUCCGUUGUUAAAAAUAACAAUUAUUGAGGUGAAAAAAUAAUGUUGAAAUUGGACAUGGACUUAGUAUCAUACAAAAUUUUUUUUUGAUGUUUGUACAUUGAAUUAAAAGUGUUAGAUUUGAGAGUUCCUUGAACUGUUUUUUGUGUCUCUUUUAACAGGAAUGUGAUUUACCAGGAUCGCCAAAGUCAACUUUUCUGAUUAGCUUUAGCCCUGACAAGUAAGUACAAUAAAGAGUUAGUGCAAUUCGUGUAGUUACUGCAGGGUUACUCAACAGUAAACACCAGAAAUAUUGUGGAAAGGUUGUUGUAUAUCCCAGGACAAGGCCAUUGGAAAGUUACAUGUAUAUUUUGUACCAGAAAUGAAAGCCAGACUAGCAAAUGAUUUUUUAACACCAAUUUGGGUAGUUUGGCUUUUCUUUGUCUCGUAAAAACUUUCCUAUGUACACUGCACAGUGUUGAGGGAACAGUUUAGCUGUAGAUGGGCUGACCAGAAAACCUUUUUUGAAGCACAAGAACUGCUUUGAAAGGAAAAAAAAUACUCGCAGGUCUGUAUUAGGACACAUAGUAGUUCCCUGCCUGUAAAAUUAACAUGACAAUGACAUAAAAGUAACAUCUGCCAGUCAGUCUACAGUAGUUGUAAGGUACACUGACAUGCGAGAAGGACUGACAUGUACAAUAUACUUAACAAUUAUUCCUCGAGCCUGAAUGGGCUCUGAUCAGAGCCCAUGAGUCAAUAGCCCAUGAGGCCGAAGGCCGAAUGGGCUAUUGACUCAGAGGCCAUGAGGGCGAGAGGAAUAAUUGUUUUAGUAAAAUCCAACUAGUUGGUCAAAAAUAUUGAGAAUAAAAAAAAUUAGCUUGUUAAAGCUAGACUUGCUUUUCGCUACUAGGGGGCUAUAACAUAUAUCCUAGUAGUAGCUCAAGCAAUCAGAACAGAGCAUUGAUAAUAGACCACUAGUUGGAUUUUACUAAACUGUAAUAUUUUGUAGUAGUCCAGAUGACUCUAGCUUUUAACACCCACAUUGUCUUUUACCUGCUGUACAUGUAUGUUAAAUUACAAACCUCUCUGUGCUUAAUUGAAGGAUGACAAUGGCAUCUUCACAUGGGGACCACACUGUUCGUAUCGUUGACUGUAAAACUGGCAGGUGUCUUAAAACUUUAAGAGGUCAUCCUCGCACACCAUGGUGCAUUACUUUUCACCCAUCAUCUGAUGAACUGCUUGCAUCUGGCUGCUUAGGAGGACAAGUUAGAGUUUGGAAUUUAAAGGUACAUUCCAAAAUUAACGUUAAAAUUAAUGCAAUGUGGCCAAGUGGUUAGAGCAGUGGAAUUGUAAUCUGGAGGCCCUGAGUUCGAUCCCUACCCUGACCGCUAGCUGGAUUUUGUUCUUGGUAGUCCCAAGUUCAGCUCCUUGGUCAUGCGUGUAAUAAAAAUAGCCAACUGGUUUGCCUCUGGCCAAUUGGGAUUCUUAACCUUGGGGGCCACAAUGAAAACUACUGGUUUACGGGAAAGUUAUGUUACCCCUAUGAAGUCAGUUUUUUUGAAAGCACAGUCAGGUAGCAAAAAAAGUGUACUUUUUACCAAAUCGUCCGUUUGAUUUAAGCCAAUUAGUAUGGGAAUGGUUAAACGUGAGAUUUGCAACACUAAAGUUAUAUUUUCCUGCUAAUUGGAUGUAACAAAGCAGCUUUUUUGUGCAUGGGCAUAAGCCAAAAUUUGGACUUUGGAUUUUUUGUGUGUAACAUUGUCUGGAUUGGUCAGAAUUUGCAAAAUGAGGAACCUGUGGAAAGAACUACAUGAAUCCUUGCUGAAUGCAUACAUUGUACUUACCAACUUACAUACAGCUUAUACUUUUACUGAAAUCUAAAUGGCCCAGGAGUGAAAAUUUUAAUUUGCCUCCAUUUGAAAUGAUAAUGACCAAGCAGUUGUCAAAGGGGUAAGUAGUCACCUGUUAAAUUGAUUUAGCCAGUCCCCUAAGUUGGAACCCUUUGAGGUGCUGUAGCUUUUAAAAUUUUACCACUACCACUUGAUUUGAAAAGAGUUAUCAGGAUUGAUUAAUGAAGAAACAAAAAUGGUAAUCAGUUGUCUAAAUUGUUUGAAAACAUUUACUGACCUGAUCAUUUUUACUGACCUGAUCAGUUAGAAGAACAUUUUUUUUAUACUUUAAUGAUAAGAAAAAACUAGACCAACCACAAAAGGUCAUGGACAGGUGCACAAGUGUAGUACAUGUUCAUGAACUGGAACAAAACGACUACUUUAUGUCAAGUUUUUUUGUUAUUUAUUUUGAAACACUUACUUAAAUGUGGCUUUUAGCCUUAAGCUACACUGUAGGCCCAUUUGCAGAUUUUUGAAUGAAAAUUAAUUUCAUUUUAUAUGAUUCUUUAUUGUGCAGACAGGUGACAGUGAAGUGUACACACCUCCAGACAAAGCUGUGAUUGCUUCACUUGCCUUUCAUCCCACAGAUCAUGUGCUUCUUAUUGCCACCAGCAACAAACUUUUCUUUUGGAGCUGGGAUCAACCAAAGCCAUUCGCUUAUGUUGAAACUGCUUCAGCUGAGGAAAAAGUCAGGUACUGGCCUAAUGAUACUGAUCAAUGAAAAGAAGAUGGUCACAGUUAAAGAUGCAAUUUAUACCAUUACAAAAAGAAAGCCUGAAAUACUCAGGCUAGUUAGGAUUUGAUCACGGUGCAGCCUUCUUACCAACUGAGCUAGUAAGCCAGUUGGGGGCUGGUCAUUAACUUAGCCCAUAAAUCCAGCAAAAAUGACGAUGAAAUGAUCGCUAUUAAAAAUUUCAUAUAUCAUAAAUCCUCUUUCCUCACACCCUUUUUUUAGGUCUUUUAUCUGUCAAUCAGACGCAAUAAAAAGGAAGUGAAUAUUUAACAAUGGGGGCUGAUUUAUUUUCGAGAGCAACCCAUUUGAGGUGGGGGGGCUUUAAUUUUGUUUAUAGAGAUGGAGGGCUUAUUUGAGAGGUGAGGGCUCAUUUAAUUUAGAAGAAGCAAUGGUAUCAGUUCUCCAUACAGAACUAGAAUACAAAGUGUGAAAGGUCAAGUACAAGUUAGUGGUCAUGCAGCCGAGAAUAAAAAACAAAUAUGAACUUGUAGUUGGUGAAUAAACCACCCUGGAUCAGUCAGUCCACCGGAAGUUUUACACUCAUGAUUGAUUAAUACAGUCUAUCAUUUAUUAGUGAAUAAUAAUUAGGGAAGGGGAGGUGGGGGGGGGGCUAUUAACUUUCUUCUCCUGAAAAGGGAGGGGCUUAAUAAACGAUUUGCAGUAGUAUUUGGAACUGCAUAAUCUUUUUCUUACCGCUGUUGCAUGCAACUUUGGAUGUGUGUGCUGCUCAUGAAAAGAGUACAGCUGUACAAUCCAAUCUGUCAUAAGUAACUACUAAAUAUUUGAAGAUCUGGUGACUGCUAUUAGGAGGUGCUGUUUCUUAUUGCUGUUUCUUAUGACAAUAGAAUAAGUGAGGAUCUCUCCAUAUAAUGUACAUGGUGUACUUCUAUGUUGUCACUAAAAGUUCUUUGCAUACUCUGAGUAGCCUAUUGCAUGAAGUGAAUAGAGAGAUCAAACCAUUAUAUCGAGUGGUCACCUAAAAAAGGUUACAAAAGUAGUUUCACCCCAGUUUUUUCUAUAAAAACUGUCCUGGACAGUUUUUAUCUGCUCAUUUUCUGUUGUGAGAAUUGUCAACUUGAAUCUCAUCUUUGUUGUUUGUCGUAAACGUGACUUUUAAUCUCUCUAUUGUUUUCAGGCUUGUAGCGUUUUCUCCUCUCGGUGAUCAUAUUCUUACUGCGGUUACAAAUAUUGCAUCUGAAACGGUAAGUUGAUCAAGGUAUAAAUCUCUUUAUCGUAAUUUCUUCUGUGUACAAUGCAGGGUUCGUACGGGUCAUGGGAAACCUGGAGAGUCAUGAAAUUUAAGAAUUUCAUUUUUCAGGACUGGAAAAGAUUAUGAACCCUACAGUACAAAUCCAAAGUAGAAAAAUUACUCUUUUCACGCAAAUGAGAAAACGUUUUUUUUCCUUUCGGUUUGUUUUAUGUCAUAGAAAUAUAUGAUAAUGUUUUUAAAACAAAGGAUAAUAAAAUUUAAAUUAGAGAUAAAAUUGAACCUCAACACAUGUACAUUAUAUAUUAAAAUACAUGUCUGUUGAACCAAACCAUAUGCUUGGUAUGCCCUCUGAUUGCCUGGUUAAACUGGUUAUCUUGCAUGUGUAGUUCGAUCUUUUCCUAUUUAGUCCCAAAAACUCAAUGAUUCUAUCUGGCUAAUUUUCAACUGGUUUAGUACAUGUAUGUAUCUCCCUUUAAACUCAUCGCUAACGAUGAGCUUGGGAGCAGGUGCCUUAAAGGUUAGUAAGGGCCCAAAUGCAAUAAGCAGAGAGGAGGUAUCCAUGGCAACCCUGGAAGCAGGAACCACCCCAAGAGCAGCCACUAACCGGCACCGUCACACUGAAUAAAUUCAGUGGAGAUGCUUGCCUAAGAGAAUACUUACCUCAGAAAAUACUUACCAAACCACCAGGCAGGGAGGGAGGAGAGGGAGCAAGAAUCCGCAAUGAUUCGCAAGUAGGCAAAAAUUGAUCCGCUACGAUCAGUAAGCAAAGCUACAAUGCAAAGCAUCACUAGCGAAAGGGUACACAAGGAGCCCUGCAAUUCCCCACGGGCCUCCCCGUAGGCCACAUACCGAAGUGGGAGAAGACCGCUAGCCAGCUCGCUCGAGUUUAACUUUGCCUAAAUGAUAUUUAGCCACAUGAAAAUCGAGGACUGUGAAAACUGUAGAUACAUAUAUGGAGAAUAUUACAUGGCGGCGCGGAGAUACAAACUUUCUCUUCUAUUGUAAACAAGUGAAAUAUUUUUCAACACAAGAAGAAAAAUUUUGGACCACCAAGCGACCAUGUAAUGUUCCAUUAAUUUUAUUAUAUAAACACCAAUGGAAUAGCGAACCAUUUUACUUUAAUAAUUUUUUGCCAUGAAAGACACAAUUUAUUAUGUAGCCGUAGCAAAGGUGAUCUUUUCCCAUGUGAAGACAACAUGUUAUUUUCAUGUGUUCGCCCAAAAGCUCACCUGCUAAAUUUGCACUACCUUUCUCCCUUAACGUCAAUGCAUUGCUGUUAACUGGAAACUAUUUUUUUUACCACAGACAAACCCUGGAACGAUACCUCAGAGGUAGGAACUUUAACAUAACUACAGUUAAAACUCCUUAUUCUUUUCACUCCUAACAGUGGAUAAAGAAAAAUCUAAGCAGUAAAGAGUACAGUCGAACCUUGCUUUACGAACACCUGCUUUAUACGGACACCUUACUAUUAUGGACAGUUGAUUUGUCCCUAUGGAAAGAAAGCCCUUAUUCAGGGGAGUCCCCCUGCCCUUACAUUUUACGGAAACCUCAUUAUUAUAGACAGUUGAUUUGUCCCUAUGGAAAGAAAGCCCUUAUUCAGGGGAGUCCCCCUGCCCUUACAUUUUACAGAAACCUCAUUAUUAUAGACAGUUGCUUUGUCCCCAUGGAAAGAAAGCCCUUAUUCAGGGGAGUCCCCCUGCCCUUACAUUUUACGGAAACCUCAUUAUUAUGGACAGUUGCUUUGUCCCUAGGGAAAGAAAGCCCUUACCCAGGGGGGUCCCCCUGCCCUUACAUUUUACGGAAACCUCAUUAUUAUAGACAGUUGAUUUGUCCCUAUGGAAAGAAAGCCCUUAUUCAGGGGAGUCCCCCUGCCCUUACAUUUUACGGAAACCUCAUUAUUAUGGACAGUUGCUUUGUCCCUAGGGAAAGAAAGCCCUUACCCAGGGGGGUCCCCCUGCCCUUACAUUUUACGGAAACCUCAUUAUUAUGGACAGUUGCUUUGUCCCUAUGGAAAGAAAGCCCUUACCCAGGGGGGUCCCCCUGCCCUUACAUUUUAGGGAAACCUCAUUAUUAUAGACAGUUGCUUUGUCCCUAUGGAAAGAAAGCCCUUAUUCAGGGGAGUCCCCCUGCCCUUUUACAUUUUAUUAUGGACCUCAUUGUUAUGGACAGUUGCUUUGUCCCAUAUGGAAAGUUGCUUUGUCCCUAAAAGAAAGUCUUUACCCAGGGGGUCCCCUGCCCUUACAUUUUAGGGAAACCUCAUUAUUAUGGACAGUUGCUUUGUCCCUAUGGAAAGAAAGCCCUUAUUCAGGGGAGUCCCCCUGCCCUUACAUUUUAGGGAAACCUCAUUAUUAUAGACAGUUGCUUUGUCCCUAUGGAAAGAAAGCCCUUAUUCAGGGGAGUCCCCCUGCCCUUACAUUUUACAGAAACCUCAUUAUUAUGGACAGUUGCUUUGUCCCUAUGGAAAGAAAGCCCUUACCCAGGGGGUCCCCUGCCCAUUUUAGGAACAUUUUAUAGACAGGAAACCUUAUUCAUCCCCUGCCCUUACAUUUUAGAAACCUAUUAUUAUUUGAAAGUUGCUUUGGGGUCCCUAUGGAAUUUUAGAAAACCCAUUAUUAUAGACAGUUGCUUUGUCCCCUGGAAAGAAAGCCCUUAUUCAGGGAGUCCCCUGCCCUUACAUUUUACAGAAACCCUCAUUAUUAUGGACAGUUGCUUUGUCCCUAUGGAAAGAAAGCCCUUACCCAGGGGGGUCCCCCUGCCCUUACAUUUUACGGAAACCUCAUUAUUAUAGACAGUUGCUUUGUCCCUAUGGAAAGAAAGCCCUUAUUCAGGGGGGUCCCCCUGCCCUUACAUUUUACGGAAACCUCAUUAUUAUAGACAGUUGCUUUGUCCCUAUGGAAAGAAAGCCCUUAUUCAGGGGGUCCCCUGCCCUUACAUUUUACGGAAACCUCAUUAUUAUAGACAGUUGCUUUGUCCCUAUGGAAAGAAAGCCCUUAUUCAGGGAGUCCCCCUGCCCUUACAUUUUACGGAAACCUCAUUAUUAUAGACAGUUGCUUUGUCCCUAUGGAAAGAAAGCCCAGGGGGUCCCCUGCCCUUACAUUUUACGGAAACCUCAUUAUUAUAGACAGUUGCUUUGUCCCUAUGGAAAGAAAGCCCUUAUUCAGGGGAGUCCCCCUGCCCUUACAUUUUAGGGAAACCUCAUUAUUAUAGACAGUUGCUUUGUCCCUAUGGAAAGAAAGCCCUUAUUCAGGGGAGUCCCCCUGCCCUUACAUUUUACGGAAACCUCAUUAUUAUAGACAGUUGCUUUGUCCCUAUGGAAAGAAAGCCCUUAUUCAGGGGAGUCCCCCUGCCCUUACAUUUUACGGAAACCUCAUUAUUAUAGACAGUUGCUUUGUCCCUAUGGAAAGAAAGCCCUUAUUCAGGGGGGUCCCCCUGCCCUUACAUUUUACGGAAACCUCAUUAUUAUAGACAGUUGCUUUGUCCCUAUGGAAGGAAAGCCCUUAUUCAGGGGGGUCCCCCUGCCCUUACUUUUUACGGAAACCUCAUUAUUAUAGACAGUUGCUUUGUCCCUGUGGAAAGAAAGCCCUUACACAGGGGAGUCCCCCUGCCCUUACAUUUUCUUUAAAUUCAACGCACUUAAAUAAUACAGACACUUUCUAUGGCCCCCUCAGUGUCCGUAUUAAUAUAGCAGUGUAUAAAUAGCAGUAAAGCUUACCGGUGUCUAAUAAUUAUCUUGCGAAGUAAAAUAACCGUACCAGGGUCAUGUCAAGUUUUUCCUUAAUCGAGUCGAAAUUCUCAUUGAAUCCCAGUCCUUUGCGAUGGAUCCUUGUUCUAGUCCACGCGCGGUUCGGUCUGAAGGGGCCGAAAAAUCCGCGAGCAUAGUACUAGGGUUAAGAAUGGACUUGAAGGCGAAACGACCGACAUUUACAAGUUUGUUAGUGAAUGAAAUGGUUACACCAAAACCUCUCAUCUAGUGUGUAGCGUACUUUAAAGAUCUAACGUUUUGCCUUGUCUUGGUUUGCAGCCAUUCGUCUACAAUGAAUCGCCUUCUCCAGUCAAUUGGAAGCUCGCGCGUUGGCAGUGAUCAAUUCACUGCGUACAUGCUGCGCCCUUCAAAUGGCUCUUCAACAACUUCGUCACAUGAAACUUCUACUGCUAAUUCUUUGUCCUGUCCUCAUGGGAGAGACUUGAAUUCUGAUCCUAUUUCCACAAAUGCUUCGGUUUCUUCAGAAUCAAGGGAGAACUUGAAUCUUAACUGUACCUCUAGUAGCGAAAGAGAGCCUUCGGCUUUUACAAGUACUGAGACGGACUCUGAAGAUAGCAGAAAUGAAGAUUACAGAGGAGUAUUUGCUGUAUUUCGCGCACGUGACAGCAAUUCAUGGAACUUUCAAGUGACUGGCGAUGAAAAUGCUUCAAGCAGUGAAUCAAUGGAGCCAGACGCAGCGACAAACUCUGUAAUGCUUGAAUCUGAUUCAGCUGGAGCCAGUUCAAGCGUCAGUUUGAGUUUAAGUGCUGGUGAUACAGAUAUGUACUCUGCUACUGAAACUGUCACACUCCCAGAACCAUCUGGUGGCGUGGAAGACUCGCUGCCGUUUAGCUCGCGAUACCUGUCUUCUGAUUCAGACGGUGCUGUGUCAAAUGCUGACGAAACAAGCCAAGAAGCUAGUGAUCGCGUAGUUGGUGUAGGACGAGUUAUAAAUGUGGGGCCCAGCUCAUCGCGGACUAGUUAUCUUUCUCACGGUUCCAACCAUAGCUCGAGCUUCGCAACUUUAGCGGGAGUCCAAGGAUCUGGGACAGCCGUUGCUACGGCAACAGCACGGACGUUUAGGCACGUGCAUACUGCGGUGGUGGUCGCCGAUGGAACCAAUGGAGGGCCCCAGUUUGCUCUCCGGACUGCGAUUAAUAGAGCCAUUGCCGGAGCAUUUGCGGGUUGCGGCGAAGGGGCUGUAGCCAGUAAUAUAAUCAAUACAACACAUCGGUUGCAGUGGUGGGACUUCUCUCAAGUGAAAUUACCAGACUUGAAAGAUAGUAAGUGGAAUUAGUAAAGCAUUAUUUCCGUUUCGGCAGUAUAAAUUAUGUCGAGGGCUUAAAGGUGAUUCCCUUGUUUUGCACAAUACAUCACCAACUGCGCAAACCAUUGCGAAAUCAAAGGUGGGGCAAUUUUCGCCGGCCGCCCAAAUAAAGGCAUCAAAGGCUGCUUUUGUACGCGACAAUGAUAACUUUUCCCGAGUAAAAAGUUGUUGUUCUUGGAACUCUUUUCACUUCUCAUCAUCCCCCGCAAAGUGGUUCCCGCGAAAGAAAGAGCGCCUGGCUUCAAUGGGUGGACAGGGGACUGUUAGCUGACUUCAAACUGUUGCGGUUUGUUACUCAGCCAACAAUUGUCAAACGCUGAUAAAAUGAAUUUAGUGAUGACAAUUAAGGGUGGUAAAGGUCAUAGGCCGCUAUCACCAGCCCAUACCCCGGAGAGAGCAACUCCCAUACUAGGCCUUUGUCAUGGCGUUUUUCACGGACCGGUUUAUUUUGAAAUACAUUUUAGAGCACCUUAAACCGCAAAAUGGAAGCUCAACUCCAUCUAUGAGUGCAUUAGAGAAAUAAGAUAUCAAAAGGGAAAACUAAAAGUCAUCAAAAGAUUAAAAAUGCAAGUUUUAGGUUUGUAGGAUUGGCUGACUGGUUUGUGUGACUUAUAUUGUAUUGAGUUAUUCUAAUUCGCGCCAAAAUCGUUCUAAAAAAGAAAAUGGUCGGUGAAAACGCCGUAACACGAGAACAAGGAAGUUUGCUUACUCCGCGUUAUUGUCUCCUGCCACCAUAUUGAGAAAAGUCAGUUGAAAAACGACAUGUGAUUGCGACGUGAUCGCCGAUAAGUAGCCAACGUGACACUCGGAUAGCUGCCUGUUUUUCCUUACAGUCCAUGCUAACGCACUGUUACUUUUAGGUGAAUCUAACGUGAUCGUACCAAGCUGUAAAAUUCAUAACGAUGCCAGUUGCGACAUCUCUAACGAUGGAAAACUUCUGGCCACAUUCGUGCCCAGUGCCCAAGGGUUUCCAGAUGACGGAGUGGUGGCUGUGUAUUCUCUGGAGAAGGAAUAUUUUGGACAGUGUGUAUUUUCAAAGAAAUUUGGUAAGGACUCAAAAACAAGAGUAUUUUUUAACCGUAUCUUUUUUUAAUAAAGGAGUUCACGUUCAUAAUUGCAUCGUGGGUAAUCAGGGCAAGAUGGCAGGAAAUUCAAAGAUUUGUUUUAGAAAUCAAAGCCAGCUAAUUCUUCCUGAAUUCAUAUAUUUGAUGCUUUCUCUUUGAAAAUAGGAACUUACGAGUUUAAAGAAACAAUACUCUAAUUCUGGAGUGCAAAGAAGUCCGUGAUCAGUUUUUAGAAAACCUUGAUUUCCCAUACGUUUUCUGUAAUUCGACAGUAUCAAAAUUACAGAAAAUGUAUGGAAAUGUAUGGAUCUUAGGGUUUAAAGAGUUAAUCAAUUAACUUGCAGCUGGGAAUACUCAAAGGAUCAAUUGUGAGCCUAGCCUGUAGCGUGGCAAGCCUAAAAAGGGAGGGUGCGAAAAAUGUGAAGUGUUUCCAAUAAAGUUUUUACCUUCCUCUCUCCCCCCCUCCUCCUCUCGUUUUACGCUAGAACAUGCAGCAUGUGUUGCGAAUAUGUUAUUUUAAUUCAUAAAGACAUCAUGUUUGCUCAAGUUGUUUUGAAUGUUUUGUUGUAAUGAGAGUACAUUUAUUUACUUUAUUUAUUUUUUUAGGUCCAAACGCCAUCUCCAUAAGCCUGUCUCCCCAGAAUCAAUUCAUAAUGGUUGGCUUAGCAGCCAGACGACUGCACUGGCAUCUUACGUCACGGCAGAUGAUAGCGCAAAUUUUCCGGCUAACAGGCAAAAACAAAAGUAACACCGAGGAGGUGAAGGUAUGUUACUGUCAACUGUAGUUCUUACAAUUAGAUAAAGAUAGGUUAAAUGUGGCUAUGUCCCAAGGAUAUUGCUGUUUUAGGCCAGUUAUGUGCUAAAGGCAUUUCUUUGUGCCUUUAACCAUACACAAAAUGCUCUUGUAGAGUUAUGUAAAACAAAUUUAAUCAGAAACUUUAACCAUAAUAUAUUUUUUUGGUGAUCAAACCCCGACCGGAACUCCUUUAUCGAAACUUGGGCCAGCCUGGUAUCCCUGCGGACGGCAAUGUAAUUUGUGUCGUACUUGCUGCCGUCACGAUCUCAAUUGCUGAAAUGCCCUAAUGACGUGUACCGGACUAAUUAUCCGCUGCACCAUUUUCUCUUUGGAAGGGUUCUUGGUUUUGUGAUAUAGCACGCUUGAAUUUCUCAGCCUUUGCGUGACGCAGCAUUUACAUGGCGGCCGAGAGAUCUCUCCCGUUGGUUAAAAAAAGUGACUUAUUUGAUUAGGGAUUUUGUUAUCUGAACAGUCAUUGUUAUUAGAAAAAGUAUUACUUUAAUGGUCAUGAGUUCCUCGAGAGAUGAAUCCAAGCUUUCCUGGCAAAUCUCAGUGACAUGAAUCUUGGCGAGGGUCUUUACAUAUUGUACCUCCUUUCAUAUCCCAAAUUCUGGACUUUAUCUAUUGAACGGGUUUGGUUUUUAUUUUUAAUAGUGUGACAGUGAAAACUAGCAAUUAUAAUAUCUAAUGAAAUUCUAUCCUUAGCCCGUCGUGAGUGUCAUGCAUGAGAGCGAGUCUGAUCAACGAACUCACCUGAGUGUCAAUGCAGCAUUCUUCCAUCCCCUAGUGGGGAGUGGAUUGGUUUACGGUACCAACCGAGGCCAAGUACUUCUGCGCCAGUUUGGGUAA